CAGCGAAUCCGGGGAACUGCGGGGAAAAGCAGAAAAUACUCGGGACAGUGUACGGAGGGCACACACCGAAACCUUGACCGGCGGUAGAACUGGCCGCCGAGCGCGGGCAAUGUCCUUGCUUUUUAUCUGCUCCCCUGCAGGUCGCAGACAUUCUUAAUCUUGUCUCUUCCUCCUGUGCCCCUCUCCCUUUCUCCACCCCUGCAGAGAAAAGCACAAGGACUCGACGGAGAUCACCGUGCAUUAAUCACCAUGGAGCACAAAUCGGGCGUGAUGGAAGUCGAAGAUCCCAAGCAGAGCGAGCUCAAUCGCUUCGGCGACCAUGAGCACCAGCACAAGCUUACACGACGGGUUCUGUUGAAGCUGGAUACUCGAAUUCUACCCAUGCUAGCGCUACUAUUCCUCUGCUCAUUCCUCGACCGUACCAAUGUCGGCAAUGCCAAAAUCAUCGGCCUGGAGAAAGAUCUCGGAAUCACCGACCAUCAAUACGACGUCGGCUUGGCGGUCUUUUAUCUCACGUAUAUCUGCAGUGAAUUACCAAGUAAUCUCGUGCUCAAGAAAGCUUCCCCAAAGCUGUGGUUGCCUUUUUUAACCACGCUUUGGGGUAUUAUCACCAUGUGCCUCGGCUUUGUGCAAAACUAUGCCGGCUUUGUGGCCGUGCGGGCAUUACUUGGAAUUGCGGAGGGAGGCUUGCUCCCUGGCAUGGUGCUAUAUUUGUCAAGUUUCUAUCGGCGUGGAGACUUGGCGCUGCGCAUUGGUUUGUUUUACACUGCCGCAUCCUUAUCGGGGGCCUUCGGUGGCUUACUUGCUCGUGGACUGGCGGAAAUUGGUCCCCGUGGUGGACUGGAAGGCUGGCGCUGGAUUCUCAUUGUUGAAGGACUGCUGACCUUUGCGUGCGGUGUACUGAGCUUCUUCGUCCUCCCCAACUCUUUGGAAUCUGCGUCUUUCCUGACCCAGGAAGAAAAGGAGUUUGGCCGAGAGAGACUUCUGCUGGACAACCCCAAGGCACCAGAUGGAACACUGUCCGAAGAAGAAGACGCAUUCAGAUGGUCGGAAGUCCGCCGAGGUAUCCUGGAACCUCAAGUCUGGUUCUCCGCUACCGCGUACUUUGCCAUUCUCUCCGGAUUGUACUCUUUCGGUCUAUUCCUCCCAACCAUAAUCCAAAACCUCGGAUUCGCCAAAGACGCCAACGAAGUCCAACUCUGGUCUGUCAUCCCCUACGCCGUCGCAGCCGUAAUCACAGUUAUCGUAGCAUUCGUCUCAGACCGACUCCGCCUCCGCGGUACGGUAAUGCUCUUCACCCUCCCCAUCGCAAUCAUCGGCUACGCCGUCAUCGCCAAUGUCAAGAACCCACAUAUCCAAUACGGAAUGACCUUCCUCAUGGCUACGGGCCAAUACGCCAGUGUACCCUGUAUUCUGGUAUGGCUGUCGAACAAUUCGGCCGGUCAUUACAAGCGGGCGACUACCUCUGCGCUACAACUGGCAAUUGCGAAUUGUGGAGGGUUCGUUGCGACGUUCAACUAUCCGGCUCGUGAUAAGCCGUAUUUCCACCGUGGACAUACGAUCAUCCUGGGAUUAUUGGUGUUUGCAUGGUUUAUGAUUCUGUUCAAUGUCCUAUAUUGCGCAAAGGUGAAUCGUGACAAGAGGAAUGGAAAGUACGAUAAAUAUGCUGGAUGUAAUGAUGACCGGAACCCGAACUUUAUGAUGGUUCUUUGAGAGAUGUACGUUGUCGAUAUGAUAUUUUUGUUGGAAUUCGUGCUGGUAGUAUAAUGGUAAAUAGUCCAUGAACCCUCCUGAUUGGAAAGGAAA